CAGAUCAAGUCUUCUUACUUUCUAUGGCUUUGGUAAGAGAACGUCGUCAGCUCAAUCUCCGUCUCCCCCUUCCUCCGAUCUCCGACCGCCGCUUCUCCAUCCCCUCCGUCACCACCGUCGCUACCUCCGGUGACAUCUCCGCCGCUGAUCUCGAGAAACUCAACGUUCUCGGAUGCGGAAACAGCGGAACCGUCUACAAAGUCCGUCACAAGAACACGACGGACCUCUACGCUCUCAAAACGGUUAACGGCGACACGGAUCCGAUCUUAACACGACAACUGAUGCGAGAGAUGGAGAUCCUCCGCCGUACGGACUCACCGUACGUGGUCCGGUGCCACGGAAUCUUCGAGAAGCCAGUCGUCGGAGAAGUAUCGAUUCUGAUGGAGUACAUGGACGGCGGAACGUUAGAGUCUCUCCGCGGCGGCGUGACGGAGAAACGCCUCGCGGGGUUCGCGAGACAGAUCUUGAAAGGGUUGAGUUACUUGCACGCUCUCAAGAUCGUACACAGAGACAUUAAACCGGCGAAUCUCCUCCUCAACUCCAAGGACGAGGUUAAGAUCGCUGACUUUGGAGUGAGCAAGAUCUUGGUCCGGUCGUUGGAUUCUUGCAACUCUUAUGUCGGCACUUGCGCUUAUAUGAGUCCGGAGAGGUUUGAUUCUGAAUCUUCCGGUGGAAGCUCCGACGUGUACGCCGGAGAUGUAUGGAGUUUCGGGUUGAUGAUGUUGGAGCUUUUAGUUGGGCAUUUUCCGUUAUUACCGCCGGGACAGAGACCAGACUGGGCUACGUUGAUGUGUGCGGUGUGUUUUGGAGAACCGCCGCGAGCGCCGGAGGGGUGUUCGGAAGAGUUUAGGAGCUUUGUUGAGUGUUGUCUACGUAAAGAUUCGAGUAAGAGAUGGACGGCGUCGCAGCUUCUUGCCCAUCCUUUUCUCCGGGAGGAACUUUGA